CACUAGUUAUAUAUUUCAAGAUAUAUAAAUCCUUACUUUAUAUAGAAAUUUUAACCAUCAGAAAACAAAACGUAUUUGCUUCGUAAAAGUAUCACAACAAUAUAAUGUCUUCAUCACACCUUUUUAUCUUUUGCAUCAUCCUGAUUUCUUCAUUUCCUCUUCAUGAAUGUGAAAAUGGAAAAGGUGUUGAAGCGAACAAUGCAGUUAAACCAGUUUGCAUGUCGAUGAAUUGCGACAAUAAAGACAGGAAACUCACGUGUGCUUGUUGUUUCAGGGCCAAUUUCAGGAAUAGGUGUUACAAUAGCAAAUCAGAAUGUCUGGCUGACUGCAAAGCUUGAAAGGCAUAACUUAAUAAUAACCUCUACUAAGGAAUUAAGAAACCUAUUAGCGUUUACAUAAUAUCUAAUCACUUCCAUAAUAUGAAGAAUACAUGUUUAUUUAGGAGUCCAACUAAUACAAUUUAUGAUUAUUGUAAUUGUGUUAAGUGAUCGACUUUCAAAUUCUACGUAUCUAAUUUAUCUCAUUUUGUUUUAA